UUUCCUCAUUUAGCAUCAUUGCAUGAAUGAAACUUCAAAAACCAACAAAAAUAACUUAUUGCUCAACUUUUCAAGGUAUCUCUUUGUUCUUUUGAAGAGUUUUGUGUGAGCAUAGAACCAUCCAUACAUCAUAUAAAAUGGAAGGUUCUGAAGGAAGUAAUCCGAAUACGAAUGUCGUUGAGAGAAUGGACAGUAGUUGUUAUGUCUCCUUCUUCAAAGACCAGGGUUCAUUUGGGGUUGUUGCUGCGGUUGUAAUUGCGAUUAUAGUACCUUUAUACCUCUCCAUUGUGCUUAUGAGGAAGAAAAAGGCGAAACAGAGAGGAGUUCCGGUUAAAGCUGGUGGUGAGGCAGGUCUUACAAUGCGGAAUGCUAAAUCAGCCAAGUUGAUUGAAGUUCCGUGGGAAGGGGCUACGACUAUGACAGCUUUAUUCGAAAAGUCUUGUAGGAAACAUUCGAGUAAACGUUGUCUUGGAACAAGAAAACUAGUUAGUAGGGACUUUGUAACAGCAAAGGAUGGAAGGAAGUUUGAGAAACUUCACUUGAGUGAGUAUCACUGGGAGAGUUAUGGACAAACGUUUGAUCGGGCUUGCAACUUUGCAUCUGGACUUGUUAAUUUAGGUCAUGAUGUGGAGACUCGCGCUGCUAUAUUCUCUGAAACUCGUGCAGAGUGGAUCAUUGCAUUUCAGGGAUGCUUCCGCCAGAAUAUAACUGUCGUUACUAUUUAUGCUUCUUUGGGAGAUGAUGCCCUUAUACACUCGUUAAACGAGACUCAAGCAUCCACAUUGAUUUGUGAUGCCAAGCAACUUAAAAAAUUGGUUGCAAUCAAUUCUAACCUGAAAACCAUCUCGAAUGUCAUAUACUUUGAAGAUGAUGAGACUGCAAUAGAUUCAAGCACUUCUACGGAUAUUGAUAGCUGGAGGAUUACAUCUUUCUCCGAAGUUGAAAAACUUGGUAAGAGUAAUCCUAUUCAACCAAUACUGCCUAUAAAGAAAGAUAUCGCGGUGAUCAUGUAUACAAGUGGUAGCACAGGCAUGCCUAAGGGUGUCAUGAUAACUCAUGGCAACAUUGUAGCCACGGCAGCUGCAGUUAUGACUGUCAUUCCAAAACUUGGCAGCAACGAUGUCUAUUUGGGGUAUCUACCUUUAGCUCAUGUUUUUGAGUUAGCGGCUGAGACUGUUAUGUUGACUGCUGGUGCUUCAAUCGGUUAUGGCUCGGCUCUGACAUUGACAGAUACAUCUAAUAAAAUUAUGAAAGGGACUAAAGGAGAUGCCUCAGCUUUAAAGCCUACUUUAAUGGCAGCAGUUCCAGCCAUUCUCGAUCGUGUUAAGGACGGUGUUAUAAAGAAGGUGGAGGAGAAGGGAGGAUCUGCAAAGAAACUUUUCGAUAUUGCCUUUAAACGUCGAUUGACUGCUAUAGAAGGUAGCUGGUUUGGAGCAUGGGGUCUAGAGAAAAUACUAUGGGAGGUGAUGAUAUUUAAAAAGAUACGAUCAGUACUCGGAGGAGAUAUACGUUUCAUGCUUUGUGGUGGUGCUCCUCUAUCAGGAGAUACACAAAGAUUUAUCAACAUUUGUAUGGGAGCGCCUAUUGGUCAAGGAUAUGGCUUGACAGAGACAUUUGCAGGAGCAGCCUUUUCCGAGUCAGAUGAUCCUUCUGUUGGUCGCGUUGGUCCACCUGUUCCUUGUUGCUAUAUAAAGCUUAUUUCUUGGGAAGAAGGAGGUUACACAGUUGCUGAUAAGCCGAUGCCUCGGGGAGAAGUAGUUGUUGGUGGUAACAGUGUUACUGCUGGUUACUUCAACAAUGGUGAUAAAACUAAUGAGGUGUACAAGGUUGAUGAGAGAGGGAUGCGCUGGUUCUACACUGGUGAUAUUGGAAGGUUUCAUCCUGAUGGAUGCCUCGAAGUCAUUGAUAGAAAGAAAGAUAUUGUUAAACUUCAGCACGGGGAGUAUAUCUCACUUGGAAAGGUUGAGGCUGCACUUUCCUCAAGCAAUUAUGUGGAUAACAUCAUGGCCUAUGCAGACCCCUUCCACAAUUACUGUGUUGCACUAGUUGUUCCUUCACAAAAGGUGCUUGAGAAAUGGGCACAAGAAAAUGGCAUCGAGCAUAGAGCUUUUUCUGAUCUGUGCAACAAAGUUGAAGCAGUCAAUGAGGUCCAGCAAUCACUCUCAAAGGUAGGCAAAGCUGCAAGAUUGGACAAGUUUGAGAUUCCUGCAAAGAUCAAGUUGAUACCCGAGCCAUGGACGCCUGAGUCCGGAUUAGUCACUGCAGCUCUCAAACUGAAGCGCGAACCCCUAAAGGCGAAAUUUAAGGAUGAACUUAUAAACUUGUAUCACAGUAACUGAAUUAUCAUCUCAGUAUUGAUUGACAGAAGCAGUUUUGCUUGUGAAGUGAAAUCUCACAAUCUUAUUUUUCUUGUUGUACUCUAUUUUAAGCAACUAUGCUAAGGUCAGUUUUCUCCUUUAUCA